AUGAGUUUCGUACCUAUCAACCCGCGGCCUAUGCUGCAAAAUCUGGUCAAUGAAGAAGUUGUUAUCCGUCUGAAGUGGGGUCAAACAGAGUACAAAGGCCGUCUGGUCAGCAUAGACAGCUACAUGAACAUUCAACUGUCAGGCGCAGAAGAGUGGAUUGACCAGGAGAUGACGAGCGUACUUGGACAAGUUCUUAUACGCUGCAACAACGUUUUGUGGAUUCAAGGCGCAAACCAAAACAAUGGAGAUACGAAGAUGGAGGGAUGA